GUGGUAGGACCCGCUCCCAGCGCGCAGGCGCGAGACGCGGAGGCGGGGCGUGCGCGGCAUCGAUUUCGGGCUACGGCGGGAGCAGGAGUAGCCGCCAGUCGCCCGUGGAGUGCGCAGGCGCUUGGCGGUUACCGGUCUCGCCAUGGAGCGGAAAGUGCUUGCGCUCCAGGCCCGAAAGAAACGGACCAAGGCCAAGAAGGACAAAGCCCAAAAGAAACCUGAAACUCAGCACCGAGGCCCUGUCUCCCAUUCUGAGAAUGAUCUCCCAGAACAAGAGGAAGAAAUUCUGGGAUCAGAUGAUGAUGAACAAGAGGAUCCUAAUGAUUAUUGUAAAGGGGGUUAUCAUCUUGUGAAAAUUGGAGAUCUGUUCAAUGGCAGAUACCACGUGAUCCGAAAACUGGGUUGGGGACAUUUUUCAACAGUAUGGCUAUCAUGGGACAUUCAGGGAAAGAAGUUUGUGGCAAUGAAAGUAGUGAAGAGUGCUGAACAUUACACUGAAACAGCCCUGGAUGAAAUCAGGCUGCUUAAAUCGGUUCGCAAUACAGAUCCCACUGAUCCAAAUAGAGAGAUGGUUGUUCAACUUUUGGAUGACUUCAAAAUCUCAGGAGUGAAUGGAACCCAUAUCUGUAUGGUAUUUGAAGUUUUGGGCCAUCACCUACUCAAGUGGAUUAUCAAGUCAAAUUAUCAAGGACUUCCACUUCCAUGUGUCAAAAAAAUCAUCCAACAAGUUCUGCAGGGACUGGAUUAUCUACAUACCAAGUGCCGUAUCAUCCACACUGACAUCAAACCAGAAAACAUUCUUCUUUCUGUAAAUGAACAAUAUAUCCGAAGACUGGCUGCAGAAGCAACAGAAUGGCAGAGAUCUGGAGCUCCCCCACCUUCUGGCUCUGCAGUCAGUACUGCUCCCCAACCUAAACCAGCAGACAAAAUGUCCAAGAAUAAAAAGAAGAAAUUGAAAAAGAAGCAGAAACGUCAAGCUGAGCUACUGGAGAAACGAAUGCAAGAAAUAGAGGAAAUGGAAAAAGAAUCAAGCCCUGGACAGAAACAGCCAGGAAAACAAGCUGAGAGCCCUAUUGAGAGAGUCUUGCUAGAGAACCCUUUAAGUACAGAAAGUCAAGAAAAACUUGAAGAAGAAAAUGUCAUUGAACAUGAGCAGACCCUUAUAAUGGAAGGCAAUCCUGAGAGUGUUUCAACAGAAAUCAAUUGCAAUGGAGUGGUUGGAAUUGCUAAUUAUGUUGAAUGCAAUAAUGAAGAGUCAUUGAGGCUUAAGGAAGAUCAUCAUAAUGCUAAUGAAUGUGAUGCCCAACCUUUGAAAGAGGAAGAAGUUAGCUUCCCAAGCUCCCAAAAUGGAGAGAGUGGUGCAUCUCAAGAAAUAGCAGACUCUUGUACAGCUUUAAGUUCUGGGGUAUCAGACACUAUGUUAUAUCAGCCAUCUUCAAGUGAACACUCAGUAGAGCAAUCAUUCAAUGAGCAGGAGAUCAGCCAGCUGCAAGAGAGCAUCCGGGCAGAGAUACCCUCUGAAGAUGAAAACGAAAAUAAUGGACCAUUGGAUAACAAAGGUACCCAAGGAAAAUCUUCUGCUGGGAAUUUUCUCCUUAAUCCCCUUGAACCCAAAAAUGCAGAAAAGCUCAAAGUGAAGAUUGCUGAUCUCGGGAAUGCGUGCUGGGUGCAUAAGCAUUUCACUGAAGAUAUUCAGACAAGGCAGUAUCGAUCCCUAGAAGUACUCAUAGGAUCUGGUUAUAAUACUCCUGCUGACAUUUGGAGCACAGCAUGUAUGGCCUUUGAAUUAGCUACUGGAGACUAUCUGUUUGAACCUCAUUCAGGAGAAGAGUACACUCGAGAUGAAGAUCACAUUGCAUUGAUCAUAGAACUGCUGGGGAAGGUGCCUCGCAAGCUCAUUGUGGCGGGAAAAUAUUCCAAGGAGUUUUUCACCAAAAAAGGUGACCUAAAACACAUAACUAAACUGAAGCCUUGGGGCCUUUUUGAAGUUCUAGUGGAGAAAUAUGAGUGGUCUCAAGAAGAAGCAGCAGGCUUCACAGAUUUCUUAUUGCCAAUGUUGGAGCUGAUUCCUGAGAAACGAGCCACAGCAGCAGAGUGUCUCAGGCACCCUUGGCUUAACUCCUAAAGUCACUGACCCAACAUCGUAAUCCUCUGGACUCUGGUUUGCAGCAGAGAUUAUACACUGACCUAGCUGUUCCAGAUUCUCUCCUUCCUUCUCUUUCCUUGCAAUACUUAAUCCUCUUCCUGUUCCCUUCAAGCAUUCUCCUUUCCCUUUUCAGGGUGAAGCUCUUCCUUCAAGGCUUCCUAGAUUAUUGUUAUUUUUUAAUCUAAUAUUGUUCAUUUGGGUUUGCUUACUUGACUCUGUGGGAAUCCCCACAGCCAUUGGGCAUCCUGAGUGAGUUUUGCCUUGGUUGGGCUCUGCCAAAGACUAUUGGACUGGAAUGUGAAACUGCCCCUCAUCUUCCAUCUUCCCACUUCCAUUAGAACAUCCUCCUUUAAAUUAUAAGCAUCCUUUUAUAAGAGAGCAACGAAGAUGUGUGAGCCCAUCCUGAAUUCACUGACUCUAAGAGUCAAAUUUUCUAGUGCAUAUUCUAUUGCCAGCAGAAGGAUGAGACAAAGGUGUUAAUUUAAUGUGCAGCAGAGACACUGAACAUGCAUCCUAUUCCUGGAUGGUUUGGGUUACUCUUUACAGUCACAUUUUUUUCCUACAACUUUUUUGGCUUCUAUCUUUGAAAUGGGCUGUAUUAAUUAAGAAGACUGAGUUUUAGUAUUAUUUUCCACUGUUUAUACCAGUCUCCAUAUUCCUAUAACUCUCAUAUGCCCACAUCUUUAGUCUGACUGUAACAGAAGUAGUGGGAAUGGAAGCUGAACUGGAACCAUUGAAUAGAAAUCCUUCAGAAGGCAGGCAUGCCCUUUGGCUACAGACAAGUGGUUGUUUCGUAAGCAGCGUUUCCUUAUGUAUCUUCUGCUUUCCUAAGAGCAGAGGGUUUUGGUUUGGGGGUGUUUUUUUAAGGGUGGGGUGGGAUAGAGGUAUUGGUUUGAUUGUUUUUUAAAACCCCGACUGGCACUUUACUCAUUCUCUUUGAGUUGAAACCUCCUACCCUGAUCACUAAAGAAUUCAGGAUGACUUAACUCUGGAAGAGCUCUGGAUUUUGGGUCCUCUGUAUCUGGAAAGAGAAAAAGAUGUCACCAGAGCUUCUGAUUCUUCUUCAAACAAUUCCUUAGAAGUACUUGCAAUCCUUCAUCAAUGUUAAUUUACCCAAGGUUCUGACCUUGAAGUCCAUGUCCCCAUUUGGCUUUGCUUUUUUCCUUUUUCUUUAAAUGGUUUGGCAUUAUGCUCAGGCAUAACCCAAAUAUACAAGAACCAGGAGCGGGGAGGUGUUGCUUUCCCCUGCUCCAAGAAAAGAUAGCCAUUCUCUGCUGCUAUUUUCUAGUAUCAGCAUAUAGGUGGUUGCUCUUUAGAGUAUAAUGGUAAGCUAUUAGCCUCAAUAACUUCAGGAAGAUUGGGAUAUACUUAAGUCUGGGGGUGGGGUGGGGGUUGUGGUUUUUUGUUUUUUGUUUUUUUUUUUUAAUUUUUUACAAGAAAAAGUUAAAACCUUUGUAGAAUUUGCUAGUAUAAAGGUGGAUCUCUCCUAGAUUUGCCCCCUGAUAUAACAAGGAGUCAUAACCAAAAGCCAAAGGGCAGCAGGAUUGGGAUCACAGCAGUUCUUCCUCAUAAUGGACCAAAGGGCCUUGGGAAUCAAUGCUCUCAUAGAGGAUGGAUCCUGCUUCAGAACUAUGGAAUAUAGAGAAAGCCAAGCAAGUGUAACUUGAGAGAAAACGUUCUUGGAACUAUCAGACUCUUGCACACUAGUUUUUCUCUGAGUUUGAAAUCUAAUGGCAAGGAAACAGGCCAAGUUGUUCUGUGAUCCAUGUAAGAUGUUUCCUGCAUAGCCUUGUCUGGCUGGCCAAGUCAUUGGAUUCUUGAUUUGAUGAUACUAAUGAAAUCAGAUGAUGUUAUUUCUCUAGGGGAUUUCUGGGCCAGGAAUAAAGAAAAUAAUAAAGCUCACCCAAGCAUUCAUAAUGUCAGGGAAAUCCUUCAGUAAUUUUAAUUUUUCCCUGGGUUGCCAGGUUUAUCUGUGUUUUUAGUGAUGAUAAACUAGGACUCUCGAGUUACAUUUCUUUAAAUGCCAUUAAGCCAUAAUAGUAGGGUUGAAGGCAUUUCUGGUGAUGGUGGUGUUGAAUAAGAAAAACUAGUCAUUCCUUUUCAGCAAAUAGUCUGAUGAGAAAGGAAUAAUUUUGAUGUAAAAGGAAUAACUUCUUAUUAUCAUGGUGGUAAGAUAAGUCCUAUAACUUAAUUCCUGAAAUGUUUCCCUACCAAAUAAGGGCUUUUUUCCCUGACUCACUUAGGGAACCAGAUGGAUUAGAAGGCAUGAAGAGAGAACUGUAGAAUCCAGUCUUCCAGGUGCCCCCAUGCUUGCCCUCUUGAGCUUUCAUCCUACGUUGAAAUUGCCAUAAAAUGCUCACUAAAGAAUUUGUACUUGCUGUCAGUAAAAAGCAACAAUACAACAGCCCUGAAGGAAAAUACAUUUUUAUUCUUUCUACUUGGGUGCACUGUCUGUUUUCUUUGUAAAUGCAAUACAAUAAACAAAUUAUUUAAUAAUC